CCGCGCCGUUCGUCCCGCGCGUCGCGCGCGCGCGCCGAUGGCGUGGGGUAAAAGCGCGCCCGAGGGCGAUCGACCGUCCUGGCUCGCGCGCAUCGAAGCGAACGACGCCGCGCUUCGAUCGGUGCACGUGCUGCGCGUGCGCGCGUUCGACGAAGCGACGCAAAUCGCCACGGCGAAGGCGCUCGAGGAGAAUGAACACGUGCGAGAGUUUUACGCCUCGGGGCAUCGCGUGAGCGCGCCCGCGGCGCGCGCGUGGGCGGCGUGCUUGGCGAUAAAUACGUCCAUCAAGUCGAUGUGCGUGGGAGACGAAACGUUCGGGGACGAUGGGGACGACGGGACGGAGAGCGCGCUGGAGACGACGCUGCGGGGCGCGGCGCACGGAGCGGCGCUGGAGAGGCUCGAUUUAGAGUAUAAAGGCGUGCGAGACGAGCACGGACGGGCGUUGGGGAAGUGCAUGGCGCAGUGCGCGAUGCGCGAGCUGCGGUUGGGGAGGAAUGAGAAAUUGGGCGCGGUGGGAUACGCGGCGACGUUUAACGGAGCGAGCGAGGGAGCGACGCUCGAGACGCUCGAUUUGACGGAUAACGCGCUCGAUACCGCCAGCGCGAGCGCACUGGGGGAGUUCUUGAAGUCACCGUGCCCGUUGAAGCGACUGGGUUUGACGAGAUGCGCCAUCGGAGCGGAAGGGUUGCGCGCCGUGGGCGCGGGUUUGGCGUCGCGAGCGAGCGUGGAGGCGCUAGAGAUGAACGGCGUGAAGCUCGGUAAAGGGGGCGCUCACGCGUGCUUCGGCGAUGGCCUGUUCACGAUUGGAACGCAAAAAUUAAGCAUCACCGCGGUUGAGUUCGUGCAGUGCGAGAUCGAGGACGCGAAAGACGUCGAGGCGCUCGACAGCUUCCUCGCCGCGUGUCCAAAUUUGGUGAGUGCGAAUUUACGAGGCAACGCGUUCGGUGACGCUGGAUUAGCCACGCUCGCGAAGGGUGCGUUCGGGACUCGAGUGCCAGAAUCACUUGAUCUCGGAGCGUGCGCGAUCACCGUCGACGCGGCCGACUCAUUGGGGUUUGUGCUGAAGGCUUCAAAGUCUCUCGCGCUCUUCGACAACGCCGGACUCGGCGACGCCGGAGUCGCAAAAAUUUUCGGCGCCGGCCAAGGAUCUUCUCUCACGCUCCUCGACCUCGGUGCCGUGGGUUUAACCGUCGAAGGCCUCCGCGCGGUCGUCAAAGCGUUCGAAAACCCUCAGACUUUCUCUGAUUUACGAACGCUCGUCGUCGGUGGCAAUCCCGGCGCCCAAGACGACGAGUGGGAGCGACUCGUCAACAAUCUGCGAGCCAUCCGCCCCGAGCUCGACGUCGCUUGGCGCGCCGCGGACGGCGGCGACGACUCUAAGCUCACGCGCGACGCCACGGGACGCGUAAUUUCGGUCGACAACUAGACAUUUAGAUUUUGAAACCAUCCG